UAUAAAAGGAGUGGUCACAUGACUAAAGAACAAAACUUCCUGGUUUACUUGUAUAUGCAUGGGCAGAUACCCAGGAAGUGCAUGUGAUACAGACCACACCACUGGAGGAUGCUGGAAAAGUUUGUGCUUCUAGGCCUCUGUGGCUUUGUGUCCUGCUACAUCACCUGUCCCGGUGGACAAAUGAAGUGUAAUGACCAGGCCACGUGCUGCCUCACUGAACAAGGAUAUAGAUGUUGCCCGUACCCAGACGGGGUAUGCUGUGCUGACCUGGCCCAUUGCUGCCCCUCAGGGUACCAGUGUAACCUGAUGACUCAGAUGUGUGAGAGGCGUUGGGAGAGCAGGCCAAUGCUGCGCACUGGGCUGGAGCCCACAGAUGGGGUACCUACCGUGGUGUACUGCGAUAUCUACUACACAUGCCCCAACGGCUACACCUGUUGCAGACAUCCACAUGGUGGAUGGACUUGCUGCCCGUACUCCCCAGCCCGCUGCUGUCUGGAUGGGUACCAUUGCUGUCCAUAUGGUUAUGACUGUGACUACACCUACACCCAUUGCAUCAGACAGGGCGUGCCCUACCCCUUUGGCUCCCCCAACCUGUUGCCAUUACCUGCAGACAAGACUCUCACUGCCCUGAAGCCUGCUCUACAUGGAGUCAUACGCUGUGAUUCGUCCUUUUACUGCUCCAAAGGCUCCUCUUGCUGCAAGGGCCCCACAGGGCAGUGGAGCUGCUGCCCCUACCCACUGGUAGGCACUGCCUAUGCAUGCCAGCUGCUGUACCGAUGGGAUCCACUGUUGUCAGUAUGGCUACACAUGUGACCCAGACUCCCAGGUGUGCAGAAGUGGGCCCCUCACACAAUGAAGAUACCGAGCAUUUUCACUUUUUUUUUUGUAUAUGAUAGAAUCAAUCUAUAACAAAUGAUCCCAAAUGACCAGUAGGGCUAUUAUGAUUAAGACUAUAUAAUGAUUGACUAUAUUGAUUUGAGCUGCAGAGGGCUGAAUAAAUAGAUACAAAAUAACUA